GGAACCCGCAGCUUCGGGUGCGCAUCGGGUAAACCCGCGAGCUCAUGUAAUAGCCUGCAAACUACGUGAACCAGCUAAAGCAACACGCGGAAAAUGAUCUCAAAUAUCAACUCGGAAUGGAAAAAUGUCGAAAUCCGAAGCAAAUCUGUGUCAAUUUAUUUCAUUCAUUUAUCCUAUAUAUGAAAUGUGUACCUUGUCCGUAAGGCCUCUAUAUAAACACUCAUAUUUGCUUCUUAAACUCAUGCAUUAAAACAUCCAUCACUGAUUUAUACUACAAUGGCUUCACAUUUUCUCGAAAUCUUUGGCUUUUCUCUUCUUGUUUUUGUCAGCUUUGUCAGUGGAGGUCCCGCGGAUGAUGUCAGCUUCGAUCAGAAUUAUUUUUCGUUAUGGGGAUUGAAUCAUAUCACUCGUGUUGACAACGAUAAGGAAGUGCAACUACUGCUUGAUCAGUACUCUGGAGGGGCCGGAUUCAGAUCGAUUUCGGAGUAUGGCUCUGGAAAAUUUGGUAUUAGGAUGAAAUUACCGGAUGCGAAUAGUACUUCGGGAAUCAUAAUAUGCUUCUACCUGACUUCAGCUCCGGAUAGUUCUAACCCGGGAAAUCAUGAUGAACUCGACUUUGAAUUCGCUGGUGGCGGUUUGCAGACGAAUAUAUUUGCAGGUGAUUCGGGGAGUAGAGAAGAAAGGUAUCAACUCUGGUUUGAUCCUCGAAAGGACUUUCAUCUCUAUGAAAUUCUCUGGAACCCAUAUAUGGUUGUGUUUUAUGUAGAUAAAAUUCCGGUUCGAGUAUACAAGAACUACACAGACAAGGGAGUGAAUUAUAUUUCAAAUCCGAUGCACACCGAGGCUAGCGUAUGGACAGGAGACUGGGCCGGAACCGUGGACUGGAAGCAAGGACCAUUCGUUAGUAGUUACAGAAGAUUCGGCAUACAUGGUUGUAAAUCACAGAACACAAGUAUGAAUCAAGAAUGCCUAUCACCUAACCUCCAUUGGAAUUUACAGAAAGAUCUCACCCCGCAUGAACAGAAGAUGCAUCAAAUCUUCAGAGAGAAGCAUGUGGUUUAUGAUUAUUGCUUAGACAAGGAAAGACAACAGAAUCACCCGGAGUGCCAGUUGCCUCGAAAUUGAAGUGUUUAAACAUAAAUACACAAGAGUAUAUUUUUAAAAUGUAUACAAAUAUGAA